CGCCGCCGCUGCCGCCGCCGCCGCCGUCCCUCCUCUUUUUUUUCCCGACAGAUCUUUGUUGUGUGGGAGGGCAGCAGGGAUGGACUUGAGCUUGCGGAUCUCCUGCUAGAGCAGCCGCGCUUGGAGAGGGCGCCGCAGCCGCGACGAGGAGCCGCCACCGCCGCCCCGAGACCUGGCCGGUCCCGGCCUCAGUCCGCCCGCGCCCCCGCCCGGCCUGCUCGGCCCGCGCCUCCCGGCAGAGUCUCCUCCCGGCGGCAGAUGUGUGUGGGGUCCGCCCACGGCGGGGACUAUGGUGAAAUUCCCGGCGCUCACGCACUACUGGCCCCUGAUCCGGUUCCUGGUGCCCCUGGGCAUCACCAACAUAGCCAUCGACUUCGGGGAGCAGGCCUUGAACCGGGGCAUUGCUGCUGUCAAGGAAGAUGCAGUGGAGAUGCUGGCCAGCUACGGGCUGGCCUACUCCUUAAUGAAGUUCUUCACGGGCCCCAUGAGUGACUUCAAGAAUGUGGGCCUGGUGUUUGUGAACAGCAAGCGGGACAGGACCAAAGCUGUCCUGUGCAUGGUGGUGGCUGGUGCCAUAGCUGCUGUCUUCCACACCCUCAUAGCAUAUAGUGACUUAGGCUACUACAUCAUCAAUAAAUUGCACCAUGUGGAUGAGUCAGUGGGGAACAAAACGCGAAGGGCCUUCCUGUAUCUUGCUGCCUUCCCUUUUAUGGAUGCAAUGGCAUGGACCCAUGCUGGCAUUCUCUUAAAACACAAAUACAGUUUCCUGGUCGGAUGUGCCUCAAUCUCAGACGUCAUAGCUCAGGUCGUUUUUGUCGCCAUUUUGCUUCACAGUCAUCUGGAAUGCAGAGAGCCUCUGCUCAUCCCCAUCCUGUCCUUGUACAUGGGUGCCCUCGUGCGCUGCGCCACCCUGUGUCUGGGAUACUACAAGAACAUCCACGACAUCCUCCCGGACAGGAGCGGCCCGGAGCUGGGGGGAGAUGCAACAAUAAGAAAGAUGCUGAGCUUCUGGUGGCCCUUGGCUCUCAUCUUGGCCACACAGAGAAUCAGUAGGCCUAUCGUCAACCUCUUUGUUUCCCGGGACCUUGGUGGCAGUUCUGCAGCUACGGAGGCCGUGGCAAUUCUGACAGCCACAUACCCCGUGGGUCACAUGCCGUAUGGCUGGUUGACGGAAAUCCGUGCUGUCUACCCUGCUUUUGACAAGAGUAACCCCAGCAAUAAGCUGGCAAGCACAAACAACACGGUCACGGCAGCACACAUCAAGAAGUUCACGUUCGUCUGCAUGGCCUUGUCGCUGACGCUCUGUUUUGUGAUGUUCUGGACCCCCAAUGUUUCCGAGAAAAUUUUGAUCGACAUCAUUGGUGUGGACUUUGCCUUCGCAGAACUCUGCGUUGUGCCCUUGCGAAUCUUCUCCUUCUUCCCGGUUCCAGUCACCGUGAGGGCCCAUCUCACCGGGUGGCUGAUGACCCUGAAGAAGACCUUCGUCCUGGCCCCCAGCUCUGUGCUGCGGAUCGUCGUGCUCAUCACCAGCCUCGUGGUCCUGCCCUCCCUGGGGGUACACGGAGCCACCCUGGGCGUGGGCUCCCUCCUCGCGGGGUUUGUGGGAGAAUCCACCAUGGUCGCCAUAGCAGCAUGCUACGUCUAUCGCAAACAGAAAAAGAAGAUGGAAAACGAGUCGGCCGCCGAGGGGGAGGACUCGGCCAUGACGGACCUACCUCCCGCCGAGGAGGGCACGGACGCCGUGGAGCUGCAGGAGGAGCGCGAAUGAGGCGCGGACGCCCGGGCGCUGCAGGGACGGCCCAGAUGGCACUUCCGCGUCAUCUGCCCUCCCGUCGUGUCUUGUUCCGCUUUCGUCUUUGGUUUUCCUUUGGGUAAUGAGAGAGGCCUUGACCUUAAGGUUUCGCGGCCACUCCGGCAUACUGGGCAUGCCCACGCUGAUGUGAGGACCCGCAGAACGGUCUCGCCUUGCUUUGUGGAAACAAACCAAACGACUGACUUCGUGCCCCCGCUCCAUGAGAACCCCGAAGACAUGGCUGCCUCGUAGCCCACGUCGCCUCCGCACCCCCUCGGACGGUCUCCCCUUGGAACCAAAGGCCCGCGGCUGUGCCGUCCAACGCCCCUCAGACACCACCGCCCGGCAGGCCACAGACUGACCCUGUCCCCUUGCAUCGCUCUUGAGAACCAACAGGUGACAACUCGGCUUUCUUUGGUCGGCUUCCCAGUAACGUGACUGUGUCAAGAGAUGUGGCUCAGAGGCAUGGCACCGUGGACGCGGCGUGUGAACGCGCUGACAGGUGGACGGACGGAAAGAAUCUCGCGCGGGAAGGUGUGAGGUGUGCCUUGGGGGCAGACACUGACACAUGCAAACGCUAGCACUUCGCCUCGCC